AUGAUGAAAACAUUCGGCAAGAAGGAUCAAACCGUUCCUGCACAAGAUCCAUGCAUUGUUCGUAUCUCGUUUAUACGUCCCUCCGUCAACAUGAAAGAACAUCCCAUCCACCGACUACCAGUGGAACUUCUACAACAAGUAUUCUUGCUCGUCAUUAACGACAUGCUAGACUGUCCCAGCAUCUUCUCAUUUGGAGAUGCUAUCAUUUCACUCAAUAUUAAUGUUGCCAGCCCUCCACCUACCACUCUCAACCAGGGACAACCAAAUGAGCUGCAAGUAAAUUGUCUUUUGGCGGCGUUGAGAGCUGCAUCUUUCCAUGUGCCGGUGGUAAUAUUUCAGACGGACGCAUCCUUGAACAAAGUUGAUGCUAAUGUUAUUGAGUCGUUGAUCUCAGUCGUGGAGGCUGCUAUUCGUGGCAAAAAAAACCCUUCGAAACCCAUCAGGUUUGCUCUAAAGGAGAUCGCAAAAGACAGCCCGCUUCAAAAACGCUCUCCAAUUCCUCCCCAUACCUAUCGCUCGCCCGCUCGCCGCCCUCAACACAGCCCGCGCCGCAGACCACACACUACUACUCUCUCCAACUAUCGCAAGACCCUACAGCCCACCCAUGUCCCCGAGAACUCUGAAGCGAAGUCCAGGCUUGCAGUACUCUCCUUCAUACAAUACUUCGAGCCUGCCCAGCUCCGUGUGUUCGAUCUGUGUACGGGGGGGGGCUGAGCCCCGAAUGACUCAUGCAUAUGCCUCAUCAUGUGGGUUAUUAACUAUCGGAAUUAAGGUAUGCGUGUAUGACCCAGUGUGGGCGAGCGGAUGGGUUUGGUGUUUGAUGUUCUAUGUAUCCCCCCCCCCCACUGAACCCGCCUCUUCGUUGGUUAUCAGGAACGUUACAGAUGAUAUGGAGAACGACGGACACACGUGGCUGACGGAGGAGACGGCGAGUGCCCCUCAUGGCAUCGGGUAUCGAACGCGAAGAAGGGCGCAGCGCUGAAGCUCAUCAAGCGCGUUCCUGAAGAUGAAAAUGAGGAACACGAAUAUCAGGACAGGGAGGAAUGAUCGUGAUGCGAUGCGAUAAAAACGUUUCGAAUUUGUGGACGUUGUUUGCGCCUUUUCCGCCUCCACGGGCGUUUUGGGACCGAGUAGCAAAGAAGCGAUGGACGACUAACUUUUGGUAGAACCUUUGCAUUCCUUGUUCUGCUGCACGACAAAGUAGGGG